UUGAAGUAACUUUGGAGUUCCCUAAUGUUAACUGAAACAAUUAAAAGGAAUCAUGUUGUGGUAAAAAUAGGCCAUUAAUUGGUGUUUACCCGGGAUGCUGAAAAGACAUAAAACUAAUAAUUGCAGUUUACAUGCAAGUGGGAUUCGUGAUGUACAGCGAUACUGCUAUUAAGUAUUUUAUUUUCACCAGACAAAUUAAUGCACAGAGUAUGUAACUGCUGUCAUAUUGACCUGGAUGAUAUUGAUUGAACUUAAUUACCAUGAUUUAAUACAUUGGCCUAUUUCUUUUACGCAUGAGCCGACUUACAUAAUUAACAAGGUCCUACUGCUACAGAGCUAUAUUAGUUUAUUCCUGUCUUGGAUCAAGAUACUACAAGUUGCGCAAUUAGUUUCUUAUUCUUAUGGGAAGUUAAUUUGAUUUUUUUAUCAAUCUUUAGUGUUUUAGAGUCAUGUACCAGGGUAUAAGUGAUUUAUGGAAAUCAAAUUUAGAUUUGUAAUAUCAGCCAUAGGCUUGCUCAGCCCAGACUUUAUGUUUAAUAAUCAGUAUUCUCUUUUAUCACUGUUAUUGAUGCUAAACAUAUAAAGUCAAACCUCUAUGUUUGAUGGCAGUAUGGUAAAGAUCAAGCAAAAAAAUUCAAUUUUCUAGAUAUGAAACAGAGAAAUUUUGUCAAAAUGAUACUAAAGAAAUUAAAAAAAAAAAAGAUAAAGACCUGUUCAAGUCUAUAUCUGCCCAUUUUCAACACUUUCAAUUUCUAUUUCAAAAAGCGAAAUUAAUUUAAGAAAACUCAUAAUUUGAUAAUUUGAGCAGGAAGACUAACAUGUACUUGUAAUACAGAGAAAAUUUUAGAAUAAGUAAAAUCAAAUUUUAAGUAUUGAAGGCAUAUUACUUAUUUGACACAUGAAAUGUCUUGAUUUAUAUUUUUUUUAGCAUGUUCACAAAGAUAUUGCUAUUUGACAUCAUAUAGAAAAAAAUUAUUUUUAUUAAAAAGCCCCAAUUCCUUUUCUUGAAAGUUCUGGAUAUUGUAUAUUGAAAAUUUGUCAUGUAGUAGUCUUUUGAGAUUUUGGGGGUAGCAGCGUAUUUAUGUCAGAUGAUCGAGUACCGGUAUAAUCCAGUGUACCUUUGUACCCUCCUGUUCUCAUCUAGUUAUAUAUGUUAUCUCUUUGAGAGGACAAAAUGGUCCAAAGUGUAAAUACAUAAACUGCCUGGUCAGUACUCGUUUGAUAAUGCUUCUGUAAUUGGAUUAACAAAGGAUUGGCCAGACAAUCAGCUUUGUCCAGUAUUCUCCGGCUUUGGAACCAAAAAAAUAAAAUAACAAUCCGUAGUACUAGUCCUAAAUGCUAUGCCUGCUUACUUCUGAAAAAAAACUUAGUUUAAAUCUCAAAGUUCUUUUGUUUCCCAAUGAGGUAAGCAUCGUUUUGGAACAAGAGUUGUUUUUGGAAAUAAUAGGUAUUAAAGCUAGCCAUUGUGUCAGAUUACUUUCUCAUACUGGUCACAGAUCUGCAUUGUGUGCCGUAGUUGCAAAUUAUUGCCACUAAAUAGGCAUACGAAACCAGUCUCAUAUUUGAAAUGGGGAAGUUUUGGGCCAUAUUGAAAGUUUUUGCAACUUCAAUGGACCAAUUUGUGUCUUGGUUGAUAUAAGAGAAAACUAAAUCAAUUACAAGGUGAUUUUUGUGUAAAUGACGACCCAAAAUAUGGGACUUGAUCAUAUGUCUGUAAACGGCAGUCAAGAUACAAAUCAGUUUCAAAGGAUCCGAGAAAGAGUUCUAAGAAUGGCAGCAUUACCGCCCAUGAUGGGGGACCUGCUGGAGUACUUUGAGACGAGGAACCACUCCCUGGACAAAGCGGAGGUCAACCACUCACUCUGUCUGGACAACAAGUUCACGUCCGCCAUCACCUUCAACGGCGUCCCCAUCCUGCCACCUGUGAUGACACAGAAAAGAAAAGAAGAAAUGGCUGGUUAUCGUCGGCAGGCUGUUCAGCGCGAGACACGCAGGAGAACAAUGCAGCGAGAACAGUUGGUGGCCAAAGUACAGUCCAUUGUGUCGGAGGUAGAGAAGGAAUUUUCCUUAAAAUGCCGCUCUCGAUUGCCGCGGACAGCUAACAUAUCCCGACUCCUUGAGAAAAGAGCCUCCAGCCGAGGAGUGUCUGAGUCUACAUGCUCCUCCCCUGUGGGUUCCGACAGUGCAUCAGUAAGAAUGUCUCCAGCACCCAGCUUUAAAAACUCAGCCCCGGAGUCUACGAACACAGGGUCCAGAGCUCAGUCCCGACUGCAGGACCGUGGAUCGUCUCAGCCAGAUACUACCAGUAAAAGUGUCAGUUCAAAGAGAGAGCAUGCAGAGACUUCAAGAUCACAAGUUUCCAAAAAGGCGGAAGAAAAAAAUGUGUCAGCUCAGAAAAGUGAGGCAAAACCAAACUUAAGUGAGAACAAUGUGAAGAAAAAAGUUUCUUCAAUCAAUGUGAAAUCACAAACAACUGAACCUGUGAAGGAAAAAAUUGAUUCUAAGACAGCAAAGACAACUCAGCCUAACAGCAAAUCCAAGCAGUCCCAAAUACCAAAACCGGUUCAAAACCAGAACCAGAAUAAAGCCCUGAGUAACCUGAAAAGAGCCAGUUCAAUGUCCUCUCUUCCAAAUUUUGCAAAGAUUGAGGGUUUGCCAACUCCAAAACCUCCAACGUCUCCAAAGAACAAGCAACAGCUGAGGAGGGCCAGGCUUGGUUUAUCAGGACAGUAUUCUAUAUCACAGCCUGACCUAAGGGACAUUGACAAAUCAGACUCAGAAACAUCAAUCUCUUCACAGUCACAGGUGGAGGAAACUGCUUCUCGAAGAAGAAAGAGACUCUUGAAAUCAGUACAGCACAGUGUUUCUAAUCCUGAUCUGGCUUCUGCUGGUUUGUCACCAGACAGCAGUCCAUCAGUUCAGGAGCAGAAGAGCAAAAUGUCUCCCAAGACAAAAUUAUCUAGUUCCACAAGUGUUCCAAAUUUAACAUUGGUAGGAAAGUCCAAGAAAAAGAAGUCUCUAUCACAGAGAGAUGCAGAAAAAUCUACGGCCCAGAAUACCCAGCAGAAAUCACAGAGUAAGGGCAGUCAUGGUGCAAAACCCAAAACCCCAGUACCACGCAGUAAACCGUCUCAAAUUAAAGAAGAUGCUAAGGAAGAAAGACUUGAUUCAUUGUCUGAUUUGACAUCUUUGGAGAACUGCAAUUCACUACCACAGGAAUUUGCAGGAAUGCCUCUGUCUUCAGUACGGCAACAGCAGAUAAGUCAUGUGCUUGCCAAAUUAUCGCAGUGUUUAAACAUUCAGGACACCAUGAGUACAAUGAAUUCUACUGGGUCAUCAGGACAUGAUACUGUGGAGAUUCGACAGCAAAUUACAGAUCAGAUUCUAGCAUCAGCAGGAAUACAACCUGGGUCUGUUCAAGCUCAGUUAUUCUUAAAUCAGUAUAACAUUCAGCAAGAGGCAUCUGAAAACACAGCAGAUGAAUCGUUAACAUCAAAUACACAGACUCCAUCUUCACAUAACUCUAGUGCAGUCAGUUCUGAGCCGGUCAGUUCCAGUAGUGGUGGAAAUAGAACUCAAACGAGUACAGCUUCGAACUCCAUAAUGAGUUCCGGAGGCUCGGCAUCAGGGGGUCAACAACAGAACAAGAGAAUGAGUCCAAAAGGAGCCAAAAGCAAAGUUCAUUUCUCUUCAUUUUUGACGGAGAUAAGCACCAGUGCAAGUCAGUCUUUGGAGGGUAGAAUUUCUGUGAGAAAAAUGGACAUCACUCCUCAGAACAGUCCGCGGGUGAGUGUAGAUACAGUGGACGGUCUGCAAACUGUCGAUUCACAGGAAAAAUUGAAACUCAAGAUUGCGCCAAAAAACUCGGAUGACCUGGGGUUGGGCUCUGGGCCUCAGGUCAGUGGCGAGAACAUUUCCGAGGAACCAGAGUCUAUGUUGAGCAAAGUGGCCCUGAGUCCCGAAACCGACGAGUCCUCUCCUGGGACUCCCAAGGAUAUAUUCAGUAAAGGUCUUCCAUUUCAUGGAUAUGGAAAUGAACUUGAACACAAUACCUCUGACAAAGAAAAUGAAUUCAAAGGGAAAUCCAUGGUUGGGACUUCAGAAGGAUUUGUGCAGACUAAUGUGUCUUCGUCUUCCCAUGUUGAUACUCAAGGCAGUGUGAAAGAAAGUGUGAGAUCUGACGAAAGUAGUCAAUGUAGUACACUCAAAGCUAGUCAAGAUCUACUCAAAAGUCGAGAUUCGGGGUUUGGAAAUACCAAAUCAUCGGUAUCAGAUUCAAGAAGUGGGAGUCAAGCUUCAAACUCACAAAAAGUAUUAGGAGGCAGUAGAAAUACAAGCAUGAAAACUGACAAAACCCAACCCAGUGUGACAUCAAGUGAAAAUCUUUCAUCCCAGCAUCCAUCAGUAUCACAACUUAGACCCAACACAGCAGAUUCUAUUUACAGAGUACAGACUCAGGGAAUUCGUAGCAAAGCAGAAGCAAAGAGAGCACAGCUGAACUCUAAGCCGGUCCACCAGGCGUCACCAGCAGUUGUACCUGCUGAGUCCCACGAGUUUGUAACCAGUAGAACAGACAACAAGGGACCAGCCUCACGUUCUGCUCAAAGAAAACUCAACAUGGACGCAGAAGUGAAAAAUGGAUACGAAAAGUCACGUGCACAAAAUAUAUCCAUAGAUACCUCAACUGAACAAGAGGGUAAGGCAGAACAUAUACAGAAGUACCUCUCUCAGGUUCAGAGCCAGAGAGAGGCUUCUCCAGUGAAUACUGGGAUGCCGUCAGACAUGCCCCCUUUGGGAACCCCCGCUGACAUCACAGCAGCUAUUCAGUCCUUUACCUCAAGUCUCCAGUCCCUUGAAAGUAUGUCUGAAGAAGAACUGAUACAGAUUCAAGCCGAGCAUUUUGACAAAAUCCGUAAAUUUUUAAUUGAACAACAGAGACAGCAGUUGGAGGAACUUUUUGUUAUCCAAAGAAGAGAGCAAAUGGAAUUACAGAAUGAUAUUGCGAGUUAUCAGAAUAAUAUAAAAAAGCAAGACUUUAGCAAUGUUUCUUACCUCAGCAACAGCACUCAGCUCAGUCAACCAAACCUUCAGCACUCACCGGAAAACAACGCAGUUUAUAAUUCAGACCCUGUGGAGCAACCUUUCAACAUCAGCCAUAUAAGUCACCAUGGAAAUACCACAGGAAAAGACAAAUACCAUGACACAAUCCCCAAGCAUUAUGCCUAUAUAUCUAGUCCAAGUCUUUACUUCAAUCCCAAGGACCGGGAUAACAACUCAGACAUCAGUACCUUCAGCCGAGCCACUCCCAAACAGUCCCUCCAGUUCGUCAAUCAUUCCACCCCUUCACCCAAAUCCUUCAAACCUCUCGUCCAUUCACCUGUAAAACAGCCAUCUUCAUCCAGACACAGUAAACCAGUCAGGAUUCCAGAUAGGGUUUUUGAUGAUGACCUUCAGCCUUGUUUUGAGCGAGUUUCAGCCUACGUCAAGGGUUACUUAACCAGGAGACUGCUAAAGACAGAGAAAGUCCAGGAAAUUGUCAGAACUAUACAGGACACCAAGCAGUUUGCGUACAGUUUUCAGACAGAGACCCCCAUCAAGAGAGGUGUUUUCUCUCAUCAAGACAGGGAUCUGCUUGACAGGAUCAUAGCUCAGCUGCAGGCAGCUUUGCUGGACAUCCAUGAGAUUUUCUUUGAGAUUCCUGUUCAUGAAAGAAUGGCUCUUAUAGCUCACUCUAGACAGCUGAUGGAAGAAAAGAGGCUUAGAGACAGUAACUCUAUUAGAGCUAGUGUCUCUACCUCUCAUCCAAGGAUCAGUUCAGCCACUCUUAAGGCUAUGGAAAGAAAGCGAAAAGCAAAUGACUCUGAAGUGAGCGGUAACUUGCGUCCCCAGUCUGCCCCGGCCGAGACCCCUGUACCCAGACACAGCUCUAGUCACAAUGCUAACCAGUCCAUAGACUUCAGUGAGCCAAUGAGACGUCACUUCCAAUCUCUCUUAUCUAGGGCAUUGAAACCAAUCCAAGGACAGACAACUGCAACCAACCCUGCCAGAGAGACAAGCAAGUCCAGACCUGGUGUUAUUCUGAGCAAGCCGGUGUCACUAGCAGCUACCAAGGCCAAGCGACCAGUGUCAGCUGGGGCAACAGUUACCGGGAAAACUACAUCAGCAAAGCCCUCUACUAGCAAUGUCAAAGCGAAAGCCGCCGCUAUCAAGGCGAAGUUUGCAGCAAAGCCAGCGAGUGCAUGGAGGUGACCGAGAGAAGACAGCUGUUGGCUCGUCGCUUAUGUAAACAUGACCUCAAAUUAAACAGGAAAUGGUACAAGGCCAUUUAAAUCCCAAGUGUGUAGUGUGCAGGAUUCUAGAUCAUUGUUGAGCCGUUUUCUUUAAGAAAACACCAUCAUGGCUCUGAUGCCAAAACUCUACCUGUGAUUGGAAGUCUUUCUUUAAAGAGAGAGAUGAAGCAGAUUGGUUCCUGUUAUACAUGUAUUUCUAGAGUUUAUAUUUUGGUGAAAACCAAAUUUUGUUAAUGCUAUGGAAUUGUGGCAUUGCUUUUACAAGUUUGUGAACAAAUUCCAAUAUGGAAAAGAAUUCUUAAUUUCAGGGUUUCAUGUCUUUUAUUUCUUUUUUGUUGGUGUUUUUUUUUCAAUGACCUUUAAAAACAAGCCUAUACAAUUCAAUGAACAAAAACGUCUUUAAUUGAUAUUCACUAUCAGUUUUAAUGUCACCUGCUGCAUGAUCUCGUUGAAUACUUUUAAAGUUCUAUUAAAGCAACAUGUCAGCUGCAUAUUUCAAAAUUCUAU